AUGAAGGAUGGGAAAAAGGACGGCAGCAGGAAGAGGGAUGGCGGUGGCAUUGCGGCUAGCAUACGCCGACUGCUGCCGCCCACCCCAACCUUCCACGCCCAUGUGACUAUAUGGGGGGAUUCGGGCAGGGCCCACGCGGAAACCAGUCACGGCUCGUCUCAUGGUAAGCCGAUACAGUCACCCAGUCUUCAAGCUUUACAGUCACACUCGUUACAGUCACAUUCUUUACAGUCACGUGGCGCCAAGACGCCGGGUGGACGGCUGGAGAGUGGAGGGUGGAGGGAUGAGGAGGAAGAGGAGGAAAGGGAGGAGGAAGAGGAGGAGGAGAGUGAGGAGGAGCAAGAGAUUUCUCCACCUGUUCUGGUAGUUCCUCCUUUGAAUGCUGUAAGAAGGGGCUUGGGAGGAGACAGCAAAAAGCUGACUGCUGCUCCUCCUGCUGCUGCCGCACCUGCUGCUGCUGCUGCCCCUGCGGCUGCUGCUGCGGCUGCUGCUGCGGCUGCUGCUGCGGCUGCUGCUGCUGCUGCUGCUACUGCUGCUGCUGCUGCUCCGUCUCCUGUUGCUCCCGCUGCUGGGGAUGCCGGAGGCAUGGAGAGAGGGGCGAGGAUGAGGGGGAGGCAUGAGAGGGGUCGAACGAGGGACUUUCUCUUCCCUAUAGACGUCCCCGUUACCGCACAGAGUGGGGGGCCGUUGGCUGGGGUGGCAGAGGGUGCACAAGCAGCGUUACCAGUGACAGCAUGGGCGGGGGGUUGGAUCAAGGUAUUGCUGGUGACAGCACGAGCAGCGUUACCAGUGACAGCAUGGGCGGGGGUUUCAUUAGGGCCCGCCGCAACAGCCGGAGCAGCUUUAGCAGGGUUACUGUCUGGCGAGUGUGACUAUGUGAGUAUUUCGGAUCUGGGGUCGUUGAAAGGAGGGGAGUCGGGGGAAUGUGAUUAUGUGAGUAUUUCGGAUUUGGGCGGUUCUGAGCGUGGGGGUUCUAUUGCGGAGUGUGACUUUGUUGAGUUGGGUGGCUUGAAACGCGAGGGGUUGACGUGUGACUCUACAGAAGGGGAGCAGACGGGGGUGGAGGUGAUUGUAAGAGGAACAGGAGGAGCAAGAGAGGAGGAGGAUAGGGGGAGUGAGGGAGAGGUGAACGAAGGAUUAGUAGGGGUGGAAAGGGAGGAGGAUGGGGGGAGUGAGGGAGGGGAGAAGGAAGUAGAAAGAAUGGAAAAGGAGGAGAAUGGGGGGAGUGAGCCAGGGGUGAAGGAGGGAGCAACGGAGGUGAACGCUUGUGGGGGAGGAAAUGUGAGAGGAAUGAAGGAGGAGGAUGGAGGGAAGGAGAUCAGAGAGGAGAUAGAAGAGGAAGUGGGGGUGGGGUUGGGGAUGGGAGUAAUGGGAGGGGUGAAGGAGGGAGCGGCGGUGGGAGAGGAAGCAAGGAAAGGAGCGAUGAUUUCUUUUGAGGCGCCUCAGAAGAUGAAAGAGGGAGCAGUGGUGGGAGAGGAAUUAAAGGAGGCAAGGCAAGGAGCGAUGAAUGCAUGUGGGGGACGUAUUGGAAGAGAAGACGAAAAGGAGGAUGGGGGGAAGGAUAUGAAAGUGGUGGCAGAGGGUGAGGAGAGUGAUGAGGAGGAGGAGAGUGAAGUGGAGGAGGCGAGUGAAGAGGAGGAGGGGAGUGAAGAGGAGGAGGAGAGUGAGGAGGAAGGUGAGAGUGAGGAAGAAUGGAGUGAGGAAGGAGAGGAAAGUGAGGAAGAACGGGAGGAGCAGGAGGAGAGUGAAGAGGAAGAGGAGAAAGAGGGUGUCAAUGAAAGUCUUAAGGAUAGAGCUGCAGAGUAUGUGCAAGGGAAUGUGGGAGGAGGAAAAGAUGGAGAGAGGAGUGAAACUGAGGAGGAGGGAAGAAAGGAGGAAAGUGAGGAGGAGAGUGAGGAGGAGAGUGAGGAGGCUCGGAAGCUUCUGGAGGAAAUAAGACCCAACAGGGGCUCCUCCCCUCUCUCCUCUCCACCCCCUUCCCUCUCCUGCUCGUUCCCCCCUUCCUCCUCAUCCCCUCUCCGCUGUUCCUUCUCCUCCCCGCUCUCCUCUCCCUCCUCGUCCUUCUCCUCCCCUCUCUCCUCUUCCCCCGCGUCCUUCUCCUCCCCUCUCUCCUCUCCCUCCUCUUCCCACUCCUGCCCGUUCUCCCCUUCCCCCUGCCGUGGCUCCUGCUGCUAA